AUUGGAGAUAUUUAAACCAAGCAUCCCUCUCUCCCUUCUCUUUCCACUCUCCCACCUGCUACUCUCUUAGCCUUUCGCUCUUUGCGUUGUUUCCCAACUUGUUUUCCCCUUUUAUCUUUUCUCUCACUUUCUACAUUUUCAUCUGAAACUUGUUCUCUUGUCGACUUGCUUUGAUUCUUGUUGAGGAACCCGAAAAGCUUUAAUGGAAUCUUAAAUAACUUUGUUCUUCGUUUUCUUCUUUGUUCUUAUUUUUAACAAAAGAAAGGCACAACUUUCAUUUGUUGCGGGUGGAAGUGAGAAUAUGUCGAAGACUGGUGCAUUGGAUCUCGCCUCGGGUCUCGGUGGCAAGAUUGAAAAAACCGAUGUCCUUUCUGCUGUCGAAAAGUAUGAGAAAUAUCAUGUCCUUUAUGGAGGUAAGGAGGAAGCGAGAAAAGCCAACUACACUGACAUGGUUAACAAGUACUAUGAUCUGGUUACCAGCUUUUAUGAGUUUGGAUGGGGGGAAUCUUUCCAUUUUGCGCCUAGAUGGAAUGGGGAGUCUCUUCGCGAGAGCAUAAAGCGGCAUGAGCAUUUUCUUGCUUUACAACUUGGCUUGAAGCCUGGACACAAGGUGUUGGAUGUUGGAUGUGGAAUUGGUGGACCACUGAGAGAAAUUGCUCGAUUCAGCAAUAUAUUUUCUUGAAAGAGGCCUCUAAAUAUGUUUGUAUGGUGAUUUGCUGCAGCUCC